AAAAAGAAUUUAAAAUAAAAAUUAUUUAACAAAUAAUUGAAGAAUCUGUUUCAUAGAAUAAAUUUUAUUAUUUUAAAUAUAAAUUUAGAAGCUUUAGCACACAACAUGAGCUAUAUAUUUUCAGAGAAUUAUAUUAAACAAAAAUUAAAACGUCUUGAAGAAAUUAAUGAAUAUAACAGAGCAAGAUUAGCUAUGUUUAAUAGAAAAAAAGCUUUCAUGUCACGAAAGGAAUAUGAAAGAUAUAAGAACAUUUUAUUUGGCACAGACUAUAAAAGCUUAAGAGAAUCAUUGUAAAAUACUUAAAAUAAAGAAAAAAAUAAUGGAUCUGAAGAAUAAGACAAUACCUAAUCAUAAUAAUAAUAAUAACAAUAACAACUAAAAACUGGGCUCAAAGGUUCCAAGUCUUAAGGAAAAGUUAAACAAAUGUCUUAAACAGCUGGAAAUAUUAUUUCAACUGCAAAUAAUAAAAAUAAAAUGUACAAUAAUGGUUUGAGCUAAGCAAACUACACAGGAGGUUUUUAAUAAAAAAGUAAUUAAAAUGAAGAUUAAAAAUUUUAAAUGAACAAUUCAGGUUAGCAAGAGUAGCAAGAAUAUGUAGAUAAAAGAUAUUCGACUCCUUAGUAGCAAAGCCUUGAGGAAAAUCAAAUAUUUUUGAAUGAAGGGGAUAAUUAACAUAACUAUUAAAAUAACUUUAAUAUGGUUACAUUUAACUCAGCAGAUAAGAAAAUGAAUACUUUUAAUCCUUAAGCUACAAGCUAAGAUACAGGCUUAUAUUAAACAUAAAAUUACGAAGACUUUGACUAUGAACAAUAGCAACUUAUAAAAUAUAUUAAAAAAAUAGAAGUCGAAAAGUAGGAAUUAGAGAAUGAGCUUUAUGAAAUUUAAUUGAAAGCUGCAAAUUUAAAUUUAUAAAGUAACCGUAAAAAUUAAAAGAGUAUCUUCGAAGAAGUUUUCAAAGAAUAAGAAGAAUACAUACCUAUUUAAACAAAAUCUUUACUAAAUAUAAGAAAAUAAAGUCCAACCUAAUCUCCUUUAAAAUUGAAAUAAUCACAUAGAGAGUCAUUAGAUUCUCUACAAAAAAUUCCUAAUUAUAGAUAAUUGUAAAAAAAAAUUGGCCUUGAUUUCGAAACAUAAUGGGAUUUACUAGAAAAGUGGGAGUCUUUGAAUGCAAAAUAUCCUGUAACUCCAAAUCCUUUUUUUAUUUCAACUUAAUCAGAAUAGAAAUAAUAUGAAAGCGCUUUUAAUUUCUAAGAUUAAUCAAAAUCUUCCUUUUGGGAUAGUAUAAAUUAAAUGAAAAAGGAAACACAGGGAGUGAAUGCAUAAAAGAAAGCAAUUCACACCUACUUACCAGAAGAUGAAAAUUGGGAAACAAAAUUUAACAAAAUAGGAAAAAGUUAUGAAGAAAGAUAUACUGCUGUUGAUAAUGAUAUUUAUUUCGGAUCUGAAUUUGUUGGAAGAAAAAAUAGUAAACCAUUUGUAAAUAAGUAUGUAGUCAAUAAGUAUACAAUAGAUAAGCUAUCUGAUGAUAUAGAUUUUAUAAUGAGAUAAUCUAGAUUAAAUAACUCACCAUUCAAAUCCUUAAAAUCUUAAUCUCCAUUCAAAAAUAAAAGAUCUCUUUAUGAAAUUCCUGAAGAGUUUUCAUAAGAUAAUUCUCAUAAUUACUAUUAAUGA